ACAAUGUCAGUCGCUUUCUCUUCUACGCGCCCGAGAGGCAAAGGGGAGGUGACUCAACAAACGAUUCAAAAGAUGCUGGAUGAAAAUCACCACCUUAUCCAGUGUAUAAUGGACUAUCAGAGCAAAGGCAAAACUGCAGAAUGCACUCAAUAUCAGCAGAUUUUGCACAGAAAUUUGGUGUAUUUGGCAACAAUCGCAGACUCUAAUCAGAACAUGCAGUCCCUUCUACCUGCGCCUCCUAACCCCAAUAUGAACAUGGGCCCAGGUGGAAUGGGACAGAGUGGCAGUGGGCCGUCUCUUCACUCUCAGGCGAAUCUAAAUGAAAGCAUGGCCUCUGGUCUUCCCCCUACCUCAAUGAUGCAGAGUGGGAUGAGCAACGGCCCCAGCCACACCCCCAUGCAGCAGCAGCAGCAGCAGCAGCAACAGCAACAGCCCAGUCAGACGCCUCUGCCCUCCAGUACGUCCAUGAGCCUGCCGGCCAGCGGCCAUCAUGGCUUGGCCUCUGGGUACAGCCACCCUGUACCCUCCUCCCAAGCCAUGCAGCAUCAGGGCCAGGGCUACGUGUCCUCAGCUUCCCGCAGCAACCUCAACAUGCAGUCCAAUCAAGUCUCGAUGAUGCACCAACAAGGCGGUGGACCUCAUUACUCCUCAGCUCAGGGAGGAAGUCAGCACUACCAAGGGCAACAAUCCAUAGGCAUGCUGGGACAGGGUAACCAAGGCAACAGCAUGAUGGCACAGAGGCCCAUGGGAACUUACCGCUCAUCACAACAAGGAUCUGCCCCGCAGUACACAGGACAAGACGAGUUCCACGGGGAGCAGUAUGGGCACAAUCAAAGCUCCAGCGAGCCCAUUAACCAGCAGUAUUACCCUGAUGGUCAUGGAGAGUACUCAUAUCAGCAGUCCUCCUAUGGUGAGCAGGGCUAUGAACGUUCUUUUGAAGAGUCUUCACAACAUUACUACGAAGGCGGAAAUUCCCAGUUUAGCCAGCAGCAGGCCCAGUACCAACAAGGAUCAGGCCAGCAGCAGCCCUUCAGUCAGCAGCAGUACUCUUCACAGCAGGGAUACAGUGGGCAGUCUCAGGGCUAUGGUCCCGGGCAGGGAACAUCGUCCCAGUACUCCCAGUAUCAACAGGGGCAGGGGCAGCAGUACUCCUCCUAUCGCUCAUCACAGGGCACCCCCGGCGCCCAGCCACAGAGGCCGUAUGCCUAUGAGCAGGGGCAGUAUGGGAACUAUCAGCAAUAAGGUGGCACUGCCAGACCAAAGGUUACCUCUUGUCAGUAUGGAGCAGCAGGAAAAGUUGCCGAUAACCUUUUUUAGUUCUUUUUUUGAAACAAGAUUAGAUACAAAUAACUGCCUGUGUUUUGGACAAAGGUAUGCGUACAUAUAGCCUGUUGCCAUAUUCGUUUUGUUUGUUUGUUUACUGCUAUUUGCUUUAAUUCUCUCUCAAUUGUCACUUGUUUUACUGUAAUCUGUCUUUUAUCUGUCUUACAUUUAUUCAAAAUGUGUCCUAUCCUUUUAAAUACAUAGGUGUUCAUUUCAUCUAGCUAAACAAAGUUGGUCUUAAAAUAUGAUCAGUCCUCAAUCAUAAUUCAGAUGAAUAAUCUGGUCAAAGAAGAGGUGAGCAAAUCUUGUGACCAUAUAAAAUAAUUUCUGUACCUGAGAAAUUCCUGAGACUAACCUAUGACUGUUGAGUUACGCUGGUGCUUUUUUGCCGUUUGACUGUUGAUGCUAUCCUAUAGAAAAUUAUGUCUUAAGAAGGUCACUAAAUGAUCUUUUGGAUAACAUGUUUUGUUUAUUUUAGUAUAUUUAUAUUUGAACGUAAUUCACCUUGUUACAUCCAUUCUUUCUAUUGUGAUAUUUUGUGUCUUUAAUUUGCUUUUAUUUUAAGUGGACACAAAAGUAAUAGAUGCAACAACAUUUAGAGUAAAGUCAAUCAUAUUUUCCAAGACCAGUACUAUUUUCUCUUUUUGCACCCCAAUGCUCAUGUCUAACCAUAUAUGUACUGUAUAUCCUGGUCUCUUCGCUUAACUCUUACUUGUGACUUUAGUUUGACAUAGUCAGUAGAAUAUGACAGUAGGUCAGGUACAGUACAUAUGCAUGGCAGGAUUAUGCAUUAUGUGAACAUAUGUUAAGAAUAUGUUAAGAAUAUUUUAAGUAGCCUAUAGUGACACUUUUUGAAAUGAUAGCACUUUAUUUAGUUAUUUAUUUGUAUGUUUUUAUGUAUUUGUUUGUUUAAAAUGAAUGUCUUUUGGCUUAUUUUGUAAAUGUGUUACAUAUACAGUAUAUAUUUCUAUUUGCUGAAAUCACAAAUUGGUGACUUGGUAUCCAACGGAGUAACACUAGUCUGUUAUAUGCCUAAAUGUGCACACUGGUCAAAACCCUGUAGAUUAACAUAGGAGCAUAUGUGUGAUCACUUCUUAUAUUGACUGUGAGAUAUAUGACACACAGAUACACAGACACAUCUGAAGUGGCAUGGUUUAAAAUUACAGUUGUGUGUAAUAUGUGUAAUGAGAGGACAUGAUUUAUACAGUACAUGGAAACUUGAAGUGAUGGUUCAGGAAAAUCUAUCAACUGUGACCAUCAAUUAAGCCAUUAGUAGCCUAACUGAUAGCCUACACAACUAAUCUAAAAAUGAAAUGGUUAUAUCAUUCAAAGGUACCUAUAUGUUCUCAAAUAAUUUAUUGACUAAAGGCCAAAGGCUCUGUAAUGUUAUUAUUCAUAGUUUGUCUUAAACCUAGACCAUGGUCAGUGGUGGAUAUAAAUUUCAGUUUAUGUGUGAGUGAACACGAGUGCAUUUCUUUCAGUGAGAGUAUAGCCUAACAUUGAUGUGCUUAACUUUUUAUUUGCCUUUACAAAGUCUUUGUCUCACCAGUUGACAAAAUGGAUGAUUAACUUUGAUCCUGAGUGGGGUCUGUUGGCAGUGUGUGUGUGGUAGUGAUGCGCGGUUCAGCCCAUUACCCGCGGAUAUCCGCGGGUUUACCCGCGGGUCGGGCGGAUUUGGGUAGGCCUAGUAGUUUUUUCUAAAUAUUGCGGGUGGGUCGGGUCAAAAAAGUAAAAAUGCACAUUUCUCACUUGUUAACUUAGGUGGCGGUGCGCCUGCAAUAGGCUACACAGGAGGUGUGGUCGAGCGCAAAACAUAAUUUCUCCUAAAUUCAGCACCCAAUUGCGCCAUGCGUGACUGACUGAAAAAAGUCAAUCGCGCAUUCGCUACUUUAUGGACAUGGAGGGAUAUCGAAGGUUGUGCACAAUCCGAGAACACCUUGCUGUCAUAUAGCCUACACGAAUAAACAGCUGUGCUUGUUAAAUGCUUGGCAGUGUUUCAAGCAAAAGGGGAAAAAGUUGCAAGGGGAAAUAUGAAUGGAAACUUGUUAUGUCCAUGAAGAUGAGAUUUAACACUGGCUAUGUCUAGGCUGCAGAUUAUGGUGUGGAAGAGCGCAGAUUGUCAAAAUGACCGAUUAUUGUAGCCCGCUGUCCUCAUGUGGGAGAAUUAGGCUAAUUAGGCUACGAAAGACGUUAGGUGCGUUUUUUUCCUUUCCGCGGGUCGGGUCGGAUUUGGAUCACAAUUUGAACAUAUUUUUGCGGAUUGGGCGGGGCGGUUUGGAUCUCCUGAAGAGUCGGGUUGGGGCGGGUUUUUAAAAAAGCCCACCCGCGCAUCACUAGUGUGUGGAAUCAGAGGUUUUGUUCAAAAGUACAGCUGAUUAGUUUGCCUUAUUUUUAUAUUAUUUUUUUUAUAGUUUCAACAACAAAACAACUAUCUGUUAUCAGUUUACAUGUGUGAAGAUACAACACUAUACCUAAAUUCAUCAGGCAGUAUAUUAUUCCACCCCUAAGGGGACAGCACAACCCAGAUCCUAUUGAAGUUGCAAAUGAAGCUAGAGUUGGUUGGCUGUUAAACAGCUACUUUUGUAACACAACCGAUGAUCCAUGACAAUCGAAGGACACCAUAACCUCAACCACAUCACUUUGUGUAUGUGCAUGUGUGUUCAUUUUUUUAGGGCCUAGGAAUACUGUGAUUUGGAUGUCUCGUUUUAUGUGUAUCAGACUUUCAUCCCCAAUCUGUAUGUAGCCUAGUGUGUGAAAGAAUAUCACUAACCAAAUAAGAGCAUUACCUCUGUCUCCCUGUGUCUGUCAUAAAUGAAAAUCAUUGUGCAUCGCUUGUAAUAUAUAGGUAGUAUUCUUUUUGUUACUGUUUAAUAUGGAAAAUAAUAAAGUACAAGCUUACCUUUU